UAAUUAACCAAAGAACCUGUUGUGCGCUCAGCUCCAGUUCUGUUCGGGUUGGGCUCAUUUACUCGCCGAUGUGGACUAGCCCAAACCCUACACAGCACCAGCGCGGAACAUGAGAAGGGCCUCCCUCUUGCUCUCCAAUCGCCCCUCCUCCUCGACGGCCGUCGCCGCUGUUCCACCGAUCCCUUCAUCUCCAGACCCGGACAUCACUUCCCAGCUAUUCUCCAUCCUCUCACGACCUGGAUGGAUCGAAAGCCCAGUCCUCGCGAGCCUCGCCCCCCUCCUCACUCCUCUCCAAGUAUCCCAUCUCUUCCUAUCUUUCCCCAUCCGCGUCCACACGGCCAUGUCCUUCUUCAGCUGGGUCGCCCGCCGCCCCGGCUUCCGCCAUUCCGUUGACUCCUACGCCUCCCUUCUCAACCUCCUUGUUCAGCCCCAGUUCCACACCCACGCCGAGCGGUUCCGCAUCAGCAUGCUCCACUCCUGCACUACCUCCGAGGAAGUUUGCCGAGCGCUGCAAGUUUUCUUCUCAUCCAGUUCUUCAGAUGAGGGUAGGCCACUUGUGAUUCCAUCUCUUCGAUGCUAUAAUAUACUGCUGAAUUUGCUUGCCAAGUUUAGGAUGAUCUCCGAAAUGAGACAUGUUUAUCAGCAAAUGCUGCAAGAUGCCACAUUUCCCAAUAUUUUCACAUACAACACCAUGAUCAAUGCCUGUUGCAAGGAUGGGAGCCUUCUCGAGGCCAAGCUCUACUUUGCCCAUCUCUCACGAGCUGGUCUCAAUCCUGAUACCUUUACUUUCAACUCUCUGAUCUCCGGUUACUGUAAAGUCAAGGAUUUCCAUGGGGCAUCUCGAGUUCUUGUCACAAUGAUGCACAAGGGAUGCCCGCGUGAUGAGUUCUCUUACACCAUUCUAAUUCAGGGGCUCUGUGCAUCUCGUCGGUUAGAUGAAGCCUUUGAGUUGCUGUCUCAGAUGGAAAGUGAUGGCUGCCGUCCUAAUGCCCACACCUUUGCAGCUUUGGUUCAUGGGUUAUGCAAGGAAAAGAGGUUCGCAGACGCAGAGGUGUUGCUCUCUGAGUCCUCUAGGAGUGGUUUGGUUCCAAAUGUAGUUUGUUACAAUGUCUUGGUUGAUGGCUUCUGUAAGGGAGGCAUGAUUGAUGCUGCUUUUCGGACCAUGGAAUCCAUGGACAGGAACGGAUGCCACCCAGAUAUUUGGACGUACACUUCUCUGGUUGACGGAUUAUGUAGACAGGAGAAGCUCGAAGAUGCAUGGUUGUUGUUGACCAAGGCAUCUGAGAAAGGUUUGGUCCUUGGGGUUGUCACUUAUAAUGCUUUGAUUCGAGGAUAUUGUAAGAAGGGAGAGGUCAGUGCUGCAUUGGGGAUUACACAUUCAAUGGCAUUGAAUCAUUGCAGGCCAGAUACGCGAACUUACAAUGAGUUGAUUCAUGGGCAUUGUGAGGCAGGGAAGGUGCAUGAGGCUAUGGCAUUGUUGAGUAAAAUGGUUGAAUCUGGGGUGUCUCCUACUGUUGUCACCUAUAAUCUGCUGAUUCAAGGUCAAUGCAAGAAGGGUUAUAUUGAUAGUGCAUUUAGAUUGCUUGAUUUGAUGAGCGGGAAUUGCCUGGCCCCUGACCAGAGGACAUACUCUAUCCUGAUAGACGCCCUCUGCAAGAAUGGCAGGUCUGAAGAGGCUUACUCCCUUUUCAACUCUCUUGACAAGAAAAACAUACAGGCACAUGAGGUGAUGUAUAAUGCUUUGAUACACGGCCAAUGUGAGGCAGGAAAUAUUGAUGUCGCACACUUGCUGCUAGACAAAAUGUGUUCAAAAGGCUGUUUACCAGACUCAUACACAUACAAUCCUUUAAUCAGAGGGUUGUGUAAAGAUGACAAGAUGGAGGAAGCCAAGUCUUUAAUGAAUGAUAUGCGAGAUAAGGGCGUGGAACCUACUGUCAUCACUUACAAUAUUCUUAUUGACAAGUUGUUGAUGAAAGGGGAACGUGUAGAAGCUGAGCGGAUGUUGGAGCAGAUGCUUUCUUCAGGGCAUAGGCCUGAUGCAUGCACUUACACCUUGUUUAUCCGCUCUCACUGCGGUGAAGGAAGUCUUAAUGAGGCGGAAAAUAUGAUGGCGGAAAUGAAUGACAAGGGUGUUCUCCCUGAUUUAAGGACAUACAACACUUUGAUAGAGGGUUAUGUAAAUAUGGGGGCAUUGGAUCAUGCCUUCUCAACUCUCAAGAACAUGAUUGAUGCAUCAUUCCAUCCAAAUCAUCACACUUUUUGUGUUCUGCUCAAGCCUCUACAUGAAAGGAAGUAUGGUGACAGCUUGUCUGCAGCAAAUCAUCCUCAAGUAUGGAAUGCCGUUAAGAUGGACACUGUUCAGGAACUUCUGGAGCAGAUGAAUUCUUAUGGUUCUGUUCCCAAUACGAAGACAUAUGAUAUCCUAAUAAAAUGUUUUUGUAAUUGUGGUCGUAUAGAAGUAGCUAAUUCUCUGCUCUUCCUAAUGGAAGAAGCUAGUAUUACCCCCAGUGAAGAUAUCUAUACAUCUCUUAUAAGUUGUUGCUGCAAUUUGAAGUUAUACACAGAGGCAUCAACAUUUCUAUGCUCCAUGGUGGAACGCGGCUAUUUACCAUACCUGGUGUCUUACCAACUUCUUCUCACAGGCUUAUGUGACAAAGGAAGCCAUGAGAAGGCUAGAUUUUUGUUUGGUGAUUUACUUGGGAGAGGAUAUAAUAAUGAUGAAAUUACAUGGAAGCUUCUCGUUGAUGGCUUACUUAAGAAGGGCCAUGAUGUCAUGUGCUCGGAGUUAUUGGCAGUCAUGAGGGAAAGGCAUUGUUGCCCCAGCCCUCAAACAUGGGAUUCCUUGAUCAAAGAAUACCCUCAAUUAGCCCAUGCAUAGAAAAGAAACUAGCUUUGGAAUAAUUUUCAUUGGUGUGGCGACCGUCUUUCAAUCUUUGAAGGAAAGAUACUCAAUCUAACUUCAGCCUCUAUACGGGUCCAAAAUUAUGGUGGGUUGAGGCAUGAUGGGAAAUGUAUUCUUCUUUCAUCUGCCUUUGCUAUACCCUGCUGUGAUAAUUGCGUGGGCAAUAUCUUGCUCGCUUGAUUGCGUCUUUGGAGAUCACAGAUCACAUGGAGUUCCGAAGAGUUGUCUGUAUACAUCUGUUAAUUCAAAUCUAAUUUAUUCAAUAA